GAUGUGCCAAGAGCUGUCAGAGCCUUGAGGAGAACUGGUCACAGCCCCUGGUGUCAGAUCACUGGUGAGAAAAAUGACAGCGGGCUCUGUCUCAGUUCCUCAGGUCAUACCACUUCGAAUCCCUCUUCCAGGGAAGGCUAAACAUGAAAUCGAUACAAAUACUCUCGUAGAAAUAAAAUCAGAUACACCUGAGGUCUCCAUUUAUUACACAUUAGAUGGAAGUAAGCCAGAACCCAAUAAGAAACCUGGCUAUGGAGAGCACAACACUUUUAAGUAUAAAAGUCCUAUCAUAUUACCAGUUGGGAAAAUCAUGGUCAAGGCACUUGCAGUUACAAAGGACUGCAGGGAGAGCACUGUUGUAACAAAGGUGUUUCUAGUAGAGUACAAGCAACCGAACAUCUUCUCUAUUGAAGACAAUGACAAGAAUUUCCUAAAAGAUGUCACCACACAGGAGAGGGAAGAUGGAUUGUUUACUACAAAGUCAAAGAAAAAUGGAAUGAAUGUGGAAAUCAAGCCUGCCUGGAGUGAAGCACCCCAAGAUUUUCAAGACUUGGAAACAGAAAAAAAGACGUACCACAAGUCCCUGCAAGGACCACAGCUCCUGACCUGCCAUUUAGAAACAACAGGAUACAGAGAGGAAUCCGUCUCAGCACUACCAACAGAGUCAUUACAGUUUGCUAGUUCUUCUGUGGUGACUAGCCGAAAAAGCUUAGCAAGCACACAGGUGGCAAGAAUCCAGAGGGAGACAAAUUUCCUCAGAUGUGCACACUGUUCUGCACCUCGCCUGUCUGAUCCCUUGGCUCACUUCUGCCAGGAAUGUGGAUCUCCUAUCCCACCUGUGCCAGUACGUCACUUCCCGCCCCCUGAAGGAGCACAGAUGGCACCAUGUCUUGAAUGCAGACAUCUUGUGCCAAUGAAUACACCCACCUGCAUUGUAUGUGAGUCACCAAUAGCUCCACAGCUGCAGCCCCAAACCAACAUCUGCUUGAAGGGCAAAGUAAUUUGUCAGGCAUGCGGCACAGGAAAUCCUCUUCAUCAUAAAUAUUGUGUGACCUGUGAAAGCAAACUGCCUGAAGCACAGAUGCACGUGCUUCGAGGAGAUAGCCCCCCAGCUUAUACCAGCCAGCAGGGAAAGACAGUUUCUUGCUCAAAAUGCAAUCGUGUUAACCAAUGUAAUGCUCGUUUCUGUGACUGGUGUGGAGCCAAGCCCGACCCUCCUCCGUGCUACUUUACUUGUUUCAAGUGUGGUACAAACAACCGUCCAUAUGCUCGGUUCUGUGCAUUCUGUGGUGUUUACAUAGAGCCCCCAUCAAGGGUGAGCUCUCAGAAUGGAGUUCUCUUGGAUGCUGGGGACUCGCUGCGGUUUUCUGAGACUAAACCACUUCAAGCUCAAGUUGCCUGGCAGUCUCUUCCUAUUUCCUUGUCCAAAUCUAGAGUAGAUCUAAAAGAAACAGAAGAUAAAGGAACCCAAACCAUUGGACUUUUUUACCCAUCUAGCAAACUGUUGGAAAAGAAGGAACUUGAGCUGAUUUUACACAAAGAAAAGCUGGAAAAAAUGAGUGAUCGUAAGCCUCUCCUGACAGCCAUCAGUCCUGGAAAAGGUUACUGGAGAAAGCAGCUGGAUCAUGUCUGUGCUCACCUUAGAAGCUACGCCCAGAACAACCUUGAAUUCAGAGCACUGAUUGGAGAACCUCGAAUGGGAAAGAUUACUUCUGCUGCCAUCUGUGAGAACGACUAUCAAGUCACUAUUACGUUAAAUUACACUCUUGCUAGUAACAAGGAUAUUCAUACCAGUAAACCAGCAAAGUUCAAUAAUCAUUACCUAAAUAGUGUAACAGAAGAUGGAGAUGAUCUGGAUGGCAGUCAGCCUAGUUUUGGCAAAGAAGAUCACGAUCUUUCACAUUCAAGAGGCAAAAUAAAGAGAACAAAGUCAAGAAUGCUUACAGAAAAAGAAGAUAAGCUCCCUCCAGAGUCCAGACAACUGCUGGACGAACUGGGUCCCCAUGGGAAAGGAAGAAUCACUUUGAUAGAACAGUUGCUCAGCAAAGGCGCUGACCCAAACUGCACCGGCGAAGACGACCGACCUGCUCUGACAGUGGCUGUCCGUAACAGGCAUGCAGAAGCGAUCUCUGUUCUUGUGCAGAACGGCGCUAACGUUGACCAGCAGUCAGGACUGUACAACAACACCGCUCUCCACGAGGCAGUUCUGCUUGGAUUAGAGGGAAAGGAGUGCGUCCGAGUCCUGCUACGCUGUAAUGCAAGCAUAAAAAAGAAGAAUACAGAAGGGGAAUCAGCAUAUGAUUUGGCUGUUACAGAUGGAAAUAAUGAAGUGAUUUCAUUGUUUGCAAGUAAGCUUGGAGAGGGAAUGUUGGACAAACUUACGAAACCCAGGAACAUUGGUCUCAUCAGUGUUUGAUCAUGACUGCCUUUUCUCCAAAAUGGAGCUUGAUGUUCUUUGAGUUUGGGAGAGCUUUAACUCACAUGUCCAGUUCUGCGUGCAGACUUCGCUGAACCAUGCGAUCAACCCUGUAACAGCUGCUUGCUUUGUACAACAUUCUCCCACUCUUUCCCAGCGGUUCAGAGCACAAUUCUUCACUACCUGUACUCUGUUCAGUGAGGUUUCUUUUCCUUUCCAAGCUUGCACAAGGAGAAGGAUCAACCUUAUCUUCCAAGGCAUUAAAGCAGUUUAAGGCG